AUGGCCGACUCAGGCUUACCAACGACAAGUAAUGCGAAUAUGUCGGCUAUUACGCUCAACCACGCCCCCAACAGUAUCGAAUCAUCCGAUUCAUUCUCAGCCCACCAACGCGAAGCAGCUGAAACAAAACUAUACUAUAUGCGAGACGUCUGCGAUCCAGAAGAAUUCCAAGCCCUUGUCGAACAAGAGCUUGAGAGGGCGAACAGCAUGCGUACAUCAUCGACAGCCGCGAUGGCCAUACAGAACGUCGCCGACAAAAUGAAAAUAGCAUUGAAGAAGACUCUGGUCGAAACCCUUGUGUUGGCAUAG